GACGCGCGUGUGUGGUUCCCCUUGUUUUCAGCCUUACCUUCUAAACGCUACGACGUGCUCAAGCGAAAAAUCGUGAACGUGACGCUUAUAUUCGAUUCUUGUUGCUCCCUCUGAUUCCUCAACAACAUACGUGACGGUCUAAUACUGGUGGAUAUCGUUGUUUUUUUUUCUUUAUCUUGAUUUUUUUGUUCUGUUGGUUAUUUUUCUUUUUUGAAAAAAAAAAAAAAACGGGUGAAAAAAAGCUCAGUGAUAAGUUUGGUGCCGAGAAUCUUGGAUAUAUCAAUCGUGGAACUCCAGUGAACCGAGACAAGUUGAUCGGUUUGGCGGAUUGUUCUCCUGGUGGAUUCACUGGAGUAAGUCAGGAGACAGUUGAGGUGUCAAUAGUGCCUGAACACUGACGGAUUACUUGGAUUGAUGUUGAUAAUUGGGCAGUGAUUUGUCCAGAGUGUCAUCUUGGUGAAAAUUGGAGGGAUUAUCGGGUUUAGGGUUGAAAGUGAAUUCGGUGAUUCACGCGGCUGUUUGCCGACGGCAAUUAUCGCAAAUGGCUGGUACGUGAAUGCUAGUUAUACACCGUGGAUACCUCUGAUGACCCUUCAAUCUAGCACUUGUGAUAAUCACUAUUGAUUAUUUUUGGAUUCUCUUUUGGUGAAUACCAACAUUCGCCCCUGGCGCUUCAAGAAGUGAAUACUGUGAUUAAAAUUAUUAUUUUUAAUCGAUUAAUUGCACUGUGAUAACGACUCAUCGAGAACAUGUGGAGAUCACCAGUUAUCCGCGAAGCUCCAACUGACAUCCGGACGAUAGCGAGCUGACGCAGGGCGUUCGGACAAUUGUUCAUCGAAUUGAUAAUCAAAGCUUGAAAUUAGGAUUAAUCGCGUGUGAAGGAGUGGACUUGAGGCAUCCGUCGGGUGUUGAUGUGUGUGACAAGUGUCCAGUGACAUGACAGCCGUGUCCCCAAGGAAUAACACCAUAAAUCAAAGCAUCGGCAUCGAUUCGUGUCAGUGAUUUAUCGAAAACCAAUCGGUGACAGAUGCCCAAGAGGACCAGUUGGACCAGCGGUGAUACGAAAAUUUCCCAAAUAAUCUAGUUAUUUUAAACCCUUCGAGAAGACCGCCGACGCGCAAGCUCGGCAGGCCCCAAGAUUCGGGCUCCGUGCGGCUUCAGGGUCGCCGCGACGUCGGCAAGUGCCGUCUACGGCGUCGACGUCGCUACUAAGGUGGAACGUCCGGGCAGCACGACGACGCUCAAUUUCACGGAUCUGGGGAGCCCAUUCGGGGCGGGCGACCCCUGUCCGUCGAGUACCCCGACCCCCAACAGCAUGUCGGGCGGUGGUGGACCAACAUCUGGUGGUGGUGGUACAACCACCGGUGCUGGGGCUAAUUCCGAUAUGGAGCAGCAUUUACACCACGGAAUUGGCUCAGUCACACCAGGACCACCUGGUAACGGGGGUGACAGUGCGUCUAGUACACCAGUAUCGCAGUCUGGUAAAAGUGCAUUCAUCGAAUUGCAGCACAAUAAUCUUUACAAUCCAGCGAGUUUGAGGGGUGGCUACCCUGGUGGACACAAUGUGUCGGGUGGCCAUCAGUUCUCCCAUCAAGUUGGCUCACUCAGUCAUCAGGGUAGUGGUCCGGGUAGUGGUAAUCAGCAGCAUGCCGAUGCUGGCUUUCCAAGCCCAAGAUCGGCGCUUGCGGGCUAUCCCUUUGCACCCAUGCACCAGCAUAAUUAUGGAUAUCAUCUUGGUUCAUAUGCACCACAGUGUCCCUCACCGCCCAAGGACGGUGAGUACCCCAACUACCUCUCACCACUCGGCGACAAAGGCGGUAGCCUUGUCGAUGAGCUUGGCGGCGGUGGCGGUGGAUCACUGAGAAACGGCAAAGGAAAGAAAAUGAGAAAACCAAGGACUAUCUACAGUAGUCUUCAACUCCAACAACUCAACAGGCGGUUCCAGAGGACACAGUACCUAGCGUUACCUGAGAGAGCUGAAUUAGCAGCGAGUCUAGGACUGACGCAGACACAGGUGAAAAUCUGGUUUCAAAACAGAAGGAGUAAGUACAAGAAGAUGAUGAAAGCAGCACAGCAGGUUGGAGGCGGUGGUGGACAGCACGGAAGCCUGUUGGCCGGUGGCCCAUCGCCUCAGCCCGGACAACCUGGGGGUCUCAUGCAGGGCGGCGGUGGUAGUUCGGUGUCGGGGAGCCCGACGACGGGUUACCUGGGUGGAAUGGGGGGUGGCGGGGGUGAGAAUACACCGGGCAGCUCGACGCCCGGCAGUGAUAUGUCGCCGCAGCACAACGAGAGUCCACCAGCGCCAUCAUGGACCGGUGAAAUGAAACACCACCCACAUGCACACGCACCACCACACACUCAUCAUCAUCCCCAUACGCCUGGGCAUCAUCCGCCUCCCCUACCCCCGCCGCCGCAUCACCCGGGAUACAUGCCCCAGUACUCGUGGUACCAAGCUGACCCCAAUCCCGGAUUACUCACGGUAUGGCCAGCGGUUUAACCUAGCCACAGUCCCCCCUAGCCUCCCCCAACGGGAUUGGACACCCCAAAAUCGGCUGUUUCACGUACCAGAGGAACUCCCAACGGUGGAUCCAGUUGCUGCCGAGAAAAAGGUGCGAUCGCUCCCCCACAAAUCCUGAAAUUGUCGCCGCGAAAUAAUCAUGAACUCGAAAAUAAUAAAAUCACGAAAUUCUGUACUCGGGUUCAUUUCAUUGGCCAACGUGACCCACUUGGGGUUUUUUGAACCCUCGGGUCACCCACCGGGACUAACAAAAAGAGAGAAAAAUCAUGAAAUUGCAGACAGAAGCAACCAGUUGCACAAGCGUAUCUCGGAGGAAAGAGUAUGGUCUUGGGGUUUGCUUGCGGCGGUUUUGAAUUAAUGAAAUCCUAAUGACAUUUUCGUGAGCGAAACGAGGCAAUCGCAGUGGCGCGAGAUGUAAUCAGUGUCUGUGGAGUUACCUCCACUCCGCCCUCUGUCUUUUCUGUCUGUUCUACUGGAUGAGGCAACCAGAGUUGAGGAUGGAAUUGACCGAAAAAAAAGGUACAUCAGCUUGGAGAGGGGAAAAAAUUAGCUUCACGGCGCCGGACCUGUCUCCCUAGCUUCAUUAGUGUCGUCAGGGAACAAAAAAUAAGGGGAAAAAUGGGGGAACACACCUCCUUUAAUGCUUCCGGUCGAUUAGGAUUUUUUUCACUUUUUUUAAUGCCACUGGGAUGAUGGGAUUCAGUUCGGGGGUCCAGCGUGGAAGUGGGGGCUUUCGAGUUUCGAGGGACAAUCGAUUUUUUGAAAAUUAAUGAGGAAUUAGAAUUUAAGUUGAGAUGGAAUCGUAAGAAAAUUUAUCUUGUCGUGGAAUACGUCGCUCGAAGCUUCGGAGAUAUUUAAGGAUAUCCAAAUAUCUUUUGAGGUUUGGCACAGGCCACAACGUAGAUUCCAGCAUUUUCAAUCAUCAAAUGUGUCAAUUACAUUGCGUUGUUUAUAAACAAAUAAAUUAUUUGAACUUUC